CGUCUUCAUAUUGAAACUUUGUCUCCGACCAAGCAGCCACGAAAAUCUUCAAAAUCUUUAGCUCCUUUUGCCUGUCCUCAUGAACAUUGUCCAAAAACUUUUACGCGACAAUACAAUUUAAAAUCUCAUCUUCGUACUCAUACUGAUGAAAGACCUUUUGUAUGUAAUUAUCCUGGUUGUCCAAGAGCAUUUGCUAGACAACAUGAUCUUAAACGUCAUCAAAAAUUACAUCUGGGAUUAAAACCUCAUGUAUGUCAAAAUUGUGGUCGCGCUUUUGCAAGAUUAGAUGCUUUAAAUCGUCAUUUAAGAAGUGAUAACGCAGCUCAAUGC